AUGGCGGCAAAUACGUGUGCAAUCCACGGAAAGCACCAGAAGACUGCAAAAUUUACUCUCUUGGUAUACAUGACGAGAUCAGCUUUGACAGGGAUAUUCAAGUACUCAACAACUUCACUUGUGAAAUUUAUGGAUACGAUAAGGAGAAUACGAGUAACUAUACUCAAUCAGAGUACAAGAAGAUAA